CAACAAGAAGCUCUACUUUGAAAAGAGAGGUGGGCUCCCAUGCCCGGAACAAGGGCAAAGAAAACACUACAAAGAGAAGUCCAGAGCUUGUGAAGGCCUUGGUCUGUUGACAGCUGUAACCAGAAUGUGUGCACUUCGAAAAGCUCCCUGAAUUAUAAGUGACAUGCUGGCAAAGCUGAACAACUGAUCACCAGAUACUGGCAUAGUAUUAAACAUGGCUUCUGAGGCUGCUCAGAAUUUCCUUCAGCCACUGUCUUCUUGGAUGUCUCAAAUAUAUGAAGCUCUCCAACAAGCAGGAGACUCUAUAUCUGCUUCACUGCUGAAUUUGAGUGGAGUGGGUCGUAAGUCAGAAGAAGAGAGGAAGCAGGACUUGGAGAAUAAUGGAGGAGUUUAUGAGGAUUAUUCUGAGGAAUCAGAUGAUGAACAAGACCUGGACCUCUGGGAUGAGGAAUAUUUAUAUCCUAGAGAAGAUGGUUACAUUGGGGGUCCUGAUCUUGCUUCACAAAACCUCCCUCGUGGCUCUGACUUGGGUCCACAGAGGCAAAAACGGGUUAAAAACACCAGCACCUUACCAGAGCACUGUGUUGAAAACACCAGGUCUUUGACAGCCAACGGAUCCUACUGGACAAGUGAAGAUCUCCAGCCACUUGAUCGGCUUCCUCCCAUCGCUGAGGAAGAAGGUGAGCCCUCUGUGAGGAUGGGAGGUCAUGAGCACAACCUCAGCUUGGGUGGCUCCUUAAAAAGUAAUAAUGACAAGGCAAGUUCUGCAGAUCUGGAUGGACUAAGCCAACUGAGUUACCAAGACAACCUAUCCUAUCGUGGAGAUGACCACGUAUCUGUUGAUUCAAGAACAACAACUGGGAGUAGGGGCACUGGGCAGCAUAAAGGGCCCAGGAUGGAGCCCAGCAUCGGGGAUGGCGUUAGCCGGGCAGGCGCGGAAGGACGCUUGGAAAUGGAGACAGCACCUGCCAACCAGGGAUUGGAAGUAAAUGAUGCUACUGACAGCUCAUCGGCUUGGAGCCCUGAGGAACAUAACGAAGUGAACAGUGUACCAGCUCAUCAUGGUGGUCAUGAGCCCAUCUGCAAAUGUGGUGAUCUAGAUGUCAUCUUCAGCUAUAAACCCUCAAGUCAAAAGCUGGUGGUUACUGUCUUGGAGGCCAGGGAUAUCCCAGACAAAGACCGCAGCGGUGUGAACACCUGGCAAGUGCACACAGUUCUGAUGCCAGGCAAGAAACAGAGGGGUAAAACGAGUGUUCAGAGAGGACCCAUCCCCGUCUUCAAGGACAAAAUUGCCUUCAGUAAGCUGGAACCACACGAGUUAAGCAGCCACGCCGUUCGCUUCCGCCUCUACGCGGUGCACAAGAUGAUUGGAGAGAAGAUGAUGGGAGAGCAACUGUUCUACCUGAGCAACAUCAGCCAGGAAGAGGAAGUGAAGGUGACACUGGUCUUGGAGCCCAGAAGUAACCUGAGUAGUGCAGAUUCUCAGCUUAGUCUGUCAGCAAUCUCUCACAGUGAUAGCGCUUCUUCAACACAGUCCCUGUCGCAUGGAGGGGUGCCAGAGCUGCUCGUGGGAUUGUCAUACAAUGCCACUACGGGGAGGCUGUCGGUGGAGAUGAUCAAAGGCAGUCAUUUCCGAAACCUCGCAAUUAAUAGGCCACCUGAUACCUAUGGAAAGCUCUGCCUGCGCAACUCUGUGGGUCAGGAGGUGUCUCGCUGCAAGACCUCCAUCCGCCGAGGACAGCCCAACCCUGUCUACAAGGAGACCUUCAUCUUCCAGGUUGCCCUCUUCCAGCUCUCUGAUGUCACCCUGAUGAUCUCCAUAUACAACAGGCGCAGCAUGAAACGCAAGGAGAUGAUCGGCUGGAUUUCCAUGGGUCAGAACAGCAGUGGAGAGGAGGAGCAAAGCCACUGGCAGGAAAUGAAGGAAUCACAGGGGACGCAGGUCUGCAGGUGGCACACGCUGCUGGAGUCCUAGUGGUUACCAGGGCAACCUGCAGAUCCUGGGACAAAGGGCUGUCUUACCUUGUUCUCAGCCGGCAGAAAACAGCUAUCCCGUGGCAAGCACUGUGCUCUGACAGGGCGUGUGUGCUUUAACCUGGCUGCCUGGUGUCAGCAGUCAUGGGUAUUAAAGGUGGCAAGGCCUGGGAAGCAUGUUUAGUUCUUGUCUUUCCAGGUUGUCUUGCAUUUUCUACAUCCAAAUAAUUAACCCUGGUGAGAAGCAGUGGGAAUACCUACAAAAUCCUUUCCUUGGUCAUUGUCUUGCUGAUUUUGUCAUAGGCUUAAUCAUCACAGGCUGAUUCUGAUGCUGUUUUCUUCUGGGUUAAACUCUCUCUUCUCUCCCUCCCCUUAUUUAUAUUAAUGAAGUUUGCAAAUAUUCUUCACACGCAGAUAGCUCACAAAAAGGCUAACCUGCAUGCAGAUCACAUCCUGUCCCUUUUAUUAUUGUGUUUCUAAGUCCUAGAAAUAAGCAUUUGAUACCACUGUAGACUGGAUGAUAUAUUUUUCAGGCAGCAUGAGAAAGCACUCUUGAAUUCUCUGUCAACUUUAAAGUGCCUAGACAUUACUACUGUUCUCCUGUACUAACAGUUGAUAUUAGGACUUAACACUAUUGAUGUUUUUAAUUAGGCACCCUGUGCACUUGUUAGCCUGCAUUGCCAUAGGUUUGCACAAGAGAUAAUGAGCAUCAGUUUUAUAUUGCAUUAUACAAUGCAUGUUUAGAUGUUUACUUGAAGUUAUGGCUUCUGUCAUCAUAAAUACCAAAAAAAAGACCAGAAAAAGCUGCACAUCCACCUUUGUGCCUGAAUCACUCUUUUCUGCAUCACUGUUUUGCCAAUGUGUUAAUUUGGUUUUUAGAAGUGAGGUUCAUUCAGAAAAGCAUUUCUGUGAGCAUUACAGGGGAAGGCUUCAGAUCUGUGGUUUCUCUGUGAUUCAGCUGACCACUACUCAGUUUGCUGAGGGCUAUCCUUUAAUAUCUUCUUGGGAUAUGACAGGGGACUGGUUUUGGCAUGCUGAGCCAUAUAGGAUGCCAGACUAUGUCACCUCAUCUUGGGGGCGAGCUCUCCUGCAGGCAAGGAAUAGGAUCCAGGGGACCCCCCAGAGGGGCUGUUGGCUCUGUUGAACUAGCACUGGAGAAAAGUAUUGUGCUUCCUGCCUCUCACUGAAAGCAAUGCAAGGAGCAGGCUUGCUGGAUGAGGUGAUGACACUUUCACGUAGUAACUUUUCAGACUAUACUGUCCUUUUCCACUCUGUUCUUUUUCCCCGUCUCUGCAAGUUGAAGCCAUGGAGAUGAUGGAUAGGGGACGUGUCUCGGUCUGCUGCUUGACUAAGUGGUUGUUUUUGCAGUGCCGUGUGUGACACAAAGGAGGAUGUUCAUCUUCAAGUGCAGUGAUGGUAUGUAGGCAGUGAGGUGCUGAGAUCUUCAAAUGCUAUCAGCUGCCCAAUCUCCCAUUCCCCCCGCUCUCUAGGAGAGGACUGGCAUUUCUCCAUUCCUGCUGAUGACAGCAAGACACAGGAAAUAUUUUGCUAAAAAGGUUUGUCUGUACUGAGUCACUUCACGUUUUGGUUUUGUCAUUUGCUGAGAUCUGGCACCAAAUUCUGCCUCCUACUGCACUGCAGCCAUCUCUUCCUUCAAUGGUGCUGUGCAAAUCUAACUAAUGCAAAUUUUGGCACUGGCUGUUUGACCAAAAUUGGGCCUCUCUGCUGGUUUGGCUCACAUCCAGGCCAGCCAGGCCCUGAGGGCACUGCUGUGACACUCACAGGUUAUCACUUGGUGUCAUACACACAGGUUCUGUCUGUCCUCGUGAGGCAGACAGAAUAAUCUGCAUGUAGGAGGACUUCUGGUACAGGUGAUACAAGUUAUUCUACAGACCCUGCUUUUGUAUAUUCUUAUCACCUGUCUGAGCAUCAUUUUUUCAGGGAGACUUCUGGGUAUCAUAUGCAGGAGGGUUCUCCUCUCCUGUCUAGAUAAGCUGGCAUAUCUGCUUUGCACUACUGGGGCUUUCUGUCACAAAACAGGAUACAAUCCAAAUUCAGCUCAGCAAACAAAUAUAUUUUUGACUGCACUGCUAAUGCUGCUGUAUUACCAAUGCAAAAAAAAAAAAAAAGAACAUUUGAGUGGUAACCAGCAGAAUAGAUUUUUUUUUUUAUCACACACUUUUCUUCUGGGAAAAAAAAGUAGAGGAAACAGCCCAAUUCAAAAGGUACAUUUGCUGAUUCCAGUUGCUUUGCAAUCUCGGCAUCUUUUUUCCCCUGAACUGCAAAAAAUGUAUAUACAAGUGUUUAUAAUUAAUUUUAUUACCUGGAAUGUGAAUACAUGAUAAACUUACUGAGAUUUUCUCCAUAACUUCUUGAACCUGCGAAGUGUUGCUUAUGCUUCAUGAUUAGCUAAGGGAAAAGUGUAAGUUGAUAAUGUGUUUCAGCAGUGAACUGGAGAUAACCCAGAUUUAUAACAGUAUGAUUAAAAAAAAACUAUUGAAAAAGAUCAUUUUAAAAAGCAAUGUAAUAAACUGGUUUUGGACUUCCA